AAGUAUAUGCAAUUUGGAGUAGAGAAAACAGCAAGUCUUCUGCAGAGGACAUCUUUAAUUUCUAAAGCUUGGAAAUGACACUGCUGAGCCUCACCACAGGGUUUCUGCUGUGGAUGUGUUGUGCUAUACAUAAAGCUUCUGCAGGAGCAGCAUGUGAAGACCCACCUCUCAUUGAGUUUGGCAAAAUUGUUAGUGGCGUUAAAUCAGGAUAUGAGGAAAAUGACAGAGUGCAAUACACAUGCAACCCUGGAUACGCUUUAUCAGGAUCAGAAUGGGUAACAUGCCAUGGAAAAGUCUGGAUGCCUGGACCACCUCAGUGUUUGGGGGAAGGUGGAAAAUGUGGCCCACCUCCAGAUAUUGAAAACGGAGACAUCCUUUCCUUUCCGUUGAAACAAUACCCCCAAGGUGCAACUCUGAAAUACAAAUGUGCAAGUUUCUACGUCCUGAAUGGACCUGAGCAAAUCACUUGUACUGACGGGCAGUGGACAAAUCCCCCAGUUUGCUUGGCGGCUUGUACGGCCUCUGAAGAAGAUAUGGACAGAAACAAUAUUGAGCCGAGAUGGAGAGGAGAAAGAAAGCUGUAUUUAAAAUCGGGCGAUUUUAUUGAAUUUGAUUGUAAAAUAGGAUAUGUGCAGGACCCAGCAUCUUCCCCAUUCAGAGUGCAGUGUAUGGACGGGACAUUAGAAUACCCACGGUGCAAGCCAGGAAAGGACUGUACAGUGCUUGAGAUGGCUAUGGAGAGGAACAAUAUUAAACUCAGACAGUCAAGGAGAAGAUCUUACACAUAUCGCUCUGAGGAGUAUAUUUUGUUUACAUGCAAGAUUUCCUACCAGGAAGUUUCGAACCCAGAGGAUUUUAAUGCACAGUGCCAGGAUGGAGUGAUUAACUAUCCCAGAUGUGAAUAUGUGACGUGUGAACCUCCUCCAGAAAUUGCUGGUGGAAAAGUUCAAGGUGUUAAAAAGCCAAGGUAUUUGCCUGGGGAGACAGCUCACUAUCAGUGCUGGCAAGGUUUUCAGAUGACGGGGGCUUCCACCAUAACAUGUCAGAAUGGGACCUGGACCGAGCUGCCCCAGUGCAAAGGGAAGGGUAGAAAAUGUGGCCCACCUCCAGAUAUUGAAAACGGAGACAUCCUUUCCUUCCCAUUGCCAGAAUAUGACCAAGGUCAAACAGUGAAAUACACAUGUGCAGGUUUCUACAUCCUGAAAGGACCUGAGCAAAUCACUUGUACUGACGGGCAGUGGACAAAUCCCCCAGUUUGCUUGGCGGCUUGUACGGCCUCUGAAGAAGAUAUGGACAGAAACAAUAUUGAGCCGAGAUGGAGAGGAGAAAGAAAGCUGUAUUUAAAAUCGGGCGAUUUUAUUGAAUUUGAUUGUAAAAUAGGAUAUGUGCAGGACCCAGCAUCUUCCCCAUUCAGAGUGCAGUGUAUGGACGGGACAUUAGAAUACCCACGGUGCAAGCCAGGAAAGGACUGUACAGUGCUUGAGAUGGCUAUGGAGAGGAACAAUAUUAAACUCAGACAGUCAAGGAGAAGAUCUUACACAUAUCGCUCUGAGGAGUAUAUUUUGUUUACAUGCAAGAUUUCCUACCAGGAAGUUUCGAACCCAGAGGAUUUUGAUGCACAGUGCCAGGAUGGAGUGAUUAACUAUCCCAGAUGUGAAUAUGUGACGUGUGAACCUCCUCCAGAAAUUGCUGGUGGAAAAGUUCAAGGUGUUAAAAAGCCAAGGUAUUUGCCUGGGGAGACAGCUCACUAUCAGUGCUGGCAAGGUUUUCAGAUGACGGGGGCUUCCACCAUAACAUGUCAGAAUGGGACCUGGACCGAGCUGCCCCAGUGCAAAGGGAAGGGUAGAAAAUGUGGCCCACCUCCAGAUAUUGAAAACGGAGACAUCCUUUCCUUCCCAUUGCCAGAAUAUGACCAAGGUCAAACUGUGAAAUACACAUGUGCAGGUUUCUACAUCCUGAAAGGACCUGAGCAAAUCACUUGUACUGACGGGCAGUGGACAAAUCCCCCAGUUUGCUUGGCGGCUUGUACGGCCUCUGAAGAAGAUAUGGACAGAAACAAUAUUGAGCUGAGAUGGAGAGGAGAAAGAAAGCUGUACUCGACAUCAGGAGAUUUUAUUGAAUUUGAUUGUAAAAUAGGAUAUGUGCAGGACCCAGCAUCUUCCCCAUUCAGAGUGCAGUGUAUGAACAGGACAUUAGAAUACCCACGGUGCAAGCCAGGAAGGAACUGUAGAUUGAGUGAGACAGAAAUGAAGAGGAACAAUAUUAAACUAAGACAGUCAAGGAGAAGAUCUAACACAUAUCGCUCUAAGGAGACUAUUUCAUUUACAUGCUAUUUUUCCUACCGGGAAGUCUCAAACCCAGAGGAUUUUGAGGCACAGUGCAAGGACGGAGUGAUUAACUACCCCCGAUGUGAAUGGUAUUUUGGAUAAAUGGAAAGGACAUGAAGGAGCCCAGCUGGAGAAAUGAAAGAUCCUUUGACCAACCCAGUGAUUUGAGCACAGUUUUCCCUGGAGUUUGCUGUUUCAUUGUGCUGUGUUUGCAGAUUAGCCAAUGUUCUGUGUUGGAAUUUGCCUUUUUAUUUUUUUUUUCCUUUGAAUUGUUGUAUGAUUGUCUUUACAAUUAACCAUUUUUGUAAAGGUAUUUGCAUUUUAUUCAAUUCAAAUGACUGUACUUCCUUCUUACUUUUGUUCUGUAUUGAUCUCACUGUUAUUUUAUUAACAUUUGCAUCCUGAAGUAGGCUGGCUUUGGUGGCAUACUGAGACAUGAAUUAAAGCGUGCAGCUAAUUUGCUCAUCAGC